GAAUAAAACGCGCGGAUGUGCGUAGAUAGCGCCCUCUGUUGAGAUCAACAAUCAAAAUGGCUGCGCCCGUGUCUCUUCACAACACAUCGUCAGCAGAUUGUGACUCUGUUCAGGUGACCCUUGAAGAUCAGCAGAAGAUCAACAUCUUUGCACGAAAGACGAACAAACUCGGUGAACUGCAGGCAGAAAUCCAAACCAAACAGAAAGAUGUACAGAAUAUGCAGGAUGCCUUAGAUGAACUUGAACUGGGUGAUGAGGAUUCCACAGUUCCUUACCUCAUUGGCGAAGUCUUCGUCAGUAAGACUGUCAGCGAUGCCCAGGCCCUGAUGGAACGGGCCAAGUCGGAGAAAGAGGAGGAGAUAGCAGACUUGGAGAGGAACUGCGAGUCCAUCAAGGAAACCCUGGCAGAUCUCAAAGCCCAGCUGUACGCCAAGUUUGGCAACAACAUUAAUCUAGAAAUGGACGAGGCGUAGCACCAAAUCAAACUUAAUUAGGUUUAAAUUUAUUGAAAAGCCUAAGCUUACGGGGCCUGGUGAUACUCGGCCUGGUAUGGUCUUGUGACGAGCUUAUGCACAAACAGUGCUCUAUUAUUUGCAUAAUUAUGCUCAGGUUAACCUCUUCAGUGAAAUUGUUAAAUAGCCAAAAACUUGAUGGGGGGGGACUGCUACUCAAAUGGUCUGGUAUUGGGAAGUGUGCAUGUGAUAUGGGUCUUCCUUGUGUUCGCUAGCUAAAGAUGCUAGGUUACAGUGUUGGCAAGGGUUAGUCUUUUUAAAUUCAUUGACCCAAACUUGUCAUUAUUUCAGCUCUUUCUUUCGUUUAGAUGUUGCUGUGAUCAGUUGAAAUUCUAUUUCCAACUAGUUACCAGCCCAAAGGUGCCUUUCUAUAUGUACCUUUUUUGGGUGCGUUGCCUACACAAUGUGUUCAAUGCGUUUCACUUUCAUGGACACAUAAUCGACUCCUCUAACACAGGUGUGCACUGUGCUCGGCCUUCCAGAUCGCCCCGAAAGCGAUUUUGACGGAUAUGCAACACUUGGUGCAAGCGUUGACGCUCAUUUCGAAAGGCGCCUUAGAUUAGUAAAUAGUAUGAUUUUAGCCAUAUUGGCAGAGGUUGAAGAUUUCACUUUUUCUGAGGCAAGUGGAAAAUGAAAUCUUAAACUCACAGUGAAUGAUAAAUAAACUCCAACUUUGUCCAAGGUCGAAUAUGAGCCGAGGAGUUAAGGUUGGACUGCCAGAUCUGUUUGUCACAGGCAGAUAUGUCCCGUGUUUUUUCCUCAAGCUUUGUUUAAGGCCUUUUUUCUUAUGUUUUGUACAAAGUAAAAAAGUUCAAGCUAUUGAAAUAGUUCGAGGAGGGACUCUUUUGUUCUUUUAAGCACAGUAUGUACGAUGCUUAAAAUUUUUUUCACAUGAAACAGAUAAAUAUGUCACCAUUGAGAUUAGCCAUGUGUUUGCAGUUACACCUUUUUUUCCCAACCUUGCGGUGUUCGUUGUGUGUCCUUGUAAUCGGGAAAUAAAUUAAAAGAUGCCACAAUGCC